GCGGCGCACCGGAAGAGGGCGGCGUGGGUCAUGCUGUGCGUGCUGAGUGCCGCGCGCGCGCGGGCUCUGUGCGGACCCCGGGCCUCGUUGCUGCUGCUCGUGCGCGGCCGCAAGACCCGUUAUGAUCCGCCAGCCAAGUCCAAGGUCGGGCGCGUGGCGACCCCGCCCGCGGUGGAUCCUGCGGAGCUAUUCGUGGUGACGGAGCGUUACCGUCACUACCGCCAGACGGUGCGCGCUCUCAGGCUGGAGUUCGUGUCCGAGGUGCGGGUGAAGGUGCACGAUGCCCGGUCCGGGGUCCAGGUAGAGCGCAAGGCCCAGGAAGACGCCGCCGAGCACCGCAGGCUGAUGGCCUGGAACCGGGAGGAGAACCAGCGGCUGCACGAACUUAGGAUAGAGAGGCUGCGGCAGGAGGCGCGGGAGAAGGAGCAGCGGCAGGCCGAGGAAAAGGCCCGUCAGGCCCUAGAAGCGCAGGCCUGGGCGCAGCUCAAGGAGCAGGAAAUGCUGCAGCUGCAGGAGGAGGCAAAACAUUUCAUCACCCGAGAGAACCUGGAUGCACGAGUAGAAGCAGCUUUGGACUCCCCGAAGAGCUACAACUGGGCCGUCACUAAAGAGGGCCUGGUGGUCAGGCCACAGCCCAAGGACUCUUAAAGGCCCAGAGUGACAGUGCCCACCCAGGGACCAUGUGGAAAUGGGAGGAGGAGGUCUGGGCCUGAGCUAGAGUAAAGCAGUUGGUGUUUCUUUUGGGGAAGCUCACCUUUUCCAGUACGACCCUCGUGUCCUGGCCUCUGCACCCACCACUUGUUCAGAAACUGAUAUACACAGUACCUGUUUGGUACCCAUGCGCAGCUCAGCAAAGCACCAGACAUAGAAGUUUUCAUCUCACAGAGGAGCAGAUGGGGCCACAGUGCCAUCGAGCAGCUGUGUCAUCUACUGUGUACCAUUGGGAUGGUAGUCGGCAAAUUAGUCUUUGGGCCAAACCUGGCCUGCUGCCUAUUUUGUAAAUAAAGUUCAUUGGAACACA